AUGAAGUGCUGCUUAAAGGGGAGUGAAAUUCGACAUCGAGCACUGAACAAUGGAACCAGUGAGCUGUUGUCGAUUCGCGAUGAUACUACAGUUGAGGCGUUCUGGUGCGAUUUUCCAAUUGGUAAUCCGGCCGCAAUGAAUGAUGAUCAUUAUGGUAAUUGCAUAUGCGUAAUUGGUAAACAAAAUAUUCAGUUUUGUCCUCGAGAAGGUAGUCAAGUCUAUGCCGUCACGUUGCCGUUUCCGAUAUCCAAAGUUUUACCGUCACCAUUUGGAUUGAUUUUGAAGAAGGAUUGUGUUGUCAUGAAAUCAAGCACAGAUGUCACAUUCCCUCAUUUAUUCUCCCUAUCGCAUCCAUACAACGAAAUUCUGCCUAUCGUUUGUCAGAACAAAGAUGAUAAACAGUCAUGUCAUUAUGCGCUCGAUCCGCUUGAAUUGACCGCUGUGUGUGUGUUGGAAGGGAGUUCAUUGCUGUUGUGUUACAAUCAACGACAUCAUUCACAUUCAUUGCAUUUGAUGCGUAGUGUCACCAAAGAAGAAUGGAAGUGUGCUGCAGCUAAAGUUGAAACCAUCGUUUCAGCCAGUUUCAAGGGCACACCUUUUGAACUGAGUAGCGCUGGACCAUCUCCUGCAUGUUCAUCGUAUAUACCAACACCAAGGAAUCGUCCACGAGUUGGUCUGAUCACAAGUGCUUUAGACGCUAUUAUUAUAUUUUGCUCAUCGCUUUUGAAUUUAGUAUAUGAUACAUCAUCUCGACUCGCGUCGUUAUACGAAGAUCGUGGCAUUGCAUCAGCAAUUGAUAUGCGCGGCUCCGAAUUAGAACUUAUUGCUCCUGAGGUGAGGGUGUUGUUGCUUAUUGAACUUAUUAAUAUUUGCAUAGAAAACAUAUGGACUGAGCCACAUCGUCGUCAGUCUGAAGAUAUGCCAUGCAAGGAACCAGCAACGUUAUCAUUUCUCACUACAGAUUUAAGUGGUCAAAAAUUUGCAUGUAUUUAUUCGAGUGAGCAUGAAACACUGAAAUGUAUACGUAUAAUAUUGCACGAUGAUGGUUCAUUAACAACCACUCGAGGCUUUACAGCGAUUAAAUGUCUCUCGGCAACUGACAUUAAGGAUCGUAACAUGAUGGCUGUUAUUGAAAUGGAUCACAGUGUAGUGCUCUAUUCGGGCACGUUUCGAUUGGGCUCACUGUACGUGCAACGAGAACGUUCUCAGUUAUUAUCCACAACACGCUCCCCAUCCAAUCAGUCAUCUUAUGGUAUAACGCAAUGCGCUCCUGUUUGUGCUGUCCAUUCAUUUUGCAGUGGACAUUUCUUAGUGAUAUGGGAACACGUGCUCUCUAGAGAAUGCAGUAGUGGUGCUGGAAAUGAGGUUUUAUGUAAAAGUGAUGCUGCAGUGGAAGGGAGUGAUUUGACGAAAUAUACACGCAAACCAUGCAAAUAUCAGUUGAUCAUAUCGGAAGAUGCCGAACUCUAUGAAUACAUAAGAUUCGUGCUAUCUGCACUACAUAAUGGCUAUGAACAAACAAAAAUGGACACUCGACUCGCCUUUUUGUCACCGCUGCUUGCGACGUCUUUGCAAGCUAUCGCAACGUUAGUCUCACUGGAUAAUUAUAUUGACUAUUAUCAAAGAGAUUUCCCGGAUUUGGCGAACAAUAUUUAUUGCUUGGAGAAUGGUGGAGAUCUGAACAAAUUGGAUCUGAGCCGUAUGCGUCGCUUCUCUGAUCGGCUUAUAUCAUUUCAUCGAACUCUGUUGCGUAUUGUUGAGGAUAACUCUAAAAUCACUUCGUUUUCAUGUCCGACUAAGGGUUCACAAGUUUUUCUUCUCAUCGCUAUUGGUUUCGGUAAAAUUGAGAAUAUUCUUGAUUUGCAGAAAGCAAUUGGAAAGAAUUGGGAGAAGAAAUUGGGAUUAUCUGAACGUGAGACUGCAUCAGUGAUUGAGAUAUUGGAUAAUGAUCGAUUGAGCGCUGGAGACAAAUGUAGAAAUUGGGCGUGUUUAUUCAGUAUAAAGGAGCGAUUCCUGAAGAACUUACCUCCUUCAACCGCUCUUAUCAUUUGUGAGUUAUUAUAUAACGAGCGUGUGAUGGCACUCAACUUUUUACCGAUCCCUUUUCUCAACUCGUUCAGAGCAUUGCCAUCAGAAGACGAGAUCAAUCGUACCAUCAGAUUGCGUUGGAAGUACGAUAUGAGAUUUGCGAAUGCAUCGCAAAUGCUCGAUAGUUCACAUCCGUCAUUUAUACCGGCUGUUAAUGGUGUUUCGGAUAUUGAGCAACGUGAGUUACAAGAGCAAAUGCUAGCUAUUGUGAAUGUUCGCACGUUAACACAAUGCUUUGGACGGGCAGUACUCGAGUUUCGUUAUUUUGUUCCGCCGAUGAACAUUCCGCUGAAUGUACCUCAACUAUGUUUACAAGGUCGUUUUCAUCCGUCAAAUGUACCAUUCGAAAUGCAGCAAAAUGAAACGACAAAAAUGAUGACUGAAUGGGGUGCCUACUAUAACGGAUUGGCGACUGGUUUACGUAUUGGUAAUGAGCAAUCGUGUAAAUUAGAUGGUGAAUGGCUAGCGUUGAGUAUCAGUGAACAGAAGGACGCAAGCUCAGCCGGUAUGAUGUACGCGUUUGGCUUGAACGGACAUAUAUCAAAGAUGAAUCUGUUCACAAUUCAUGAGCUGUUAAGUGCUGGCGAUCGUUUGAUGAGUGUUUCAGUGCUACUUGGAUGUUCAGCAAAUAUGCUAGCAACUGGCGAUCAGCAAAUCUAUAAAGUUCUCGUAACUCAUUUACCGUUCAUGAUGGGUCCUACUCUUCUAGAACUGCAUAUUGAUCCGAUGGUACAAACAGCAGCAUUAGUGGGUUUAGGUUUGCUGUUCGCCAAAACUUCACAUUUAGGCAUUCUGAACUUAUUGUUGAAUGAAGUUGGUAAGCCAGCGCCGAUUGAUCAGGAGCCUUGGACUGAUCGUUAUGCGUAUCGACUGGCAGUUGGUUUCGCUAUCGGCCUCAUUUCUUUAGGUGACGGUGAGCAGUUGUCGGCGAACGUACCGUUCGUGGAACGUUACCCAUCGCUGCAAUCACGUCUUUUGCAAAUGAUGGAUGGCGGUCCUCGUUCUUUAUGCGUGUUCCCAACCACAAAUCCCACUGACGUUCUCCUAGCAACUCCGCACGUUACAGCAACCACCAACCCAAGCACUACGACUAACACUCAUCCAGAUCCAAUCAACGCAAACACCUCACAAACCUCGAGUCAUGUCUUGGAAUUUGACAACAUUAAUCCACACUUAUCCAGUGCUGCUGCCACUAUUGCGCUUGGACUGAUGUAUCUGCGAACUGGCAAUGAAAAGGUGGCAAAACGGAUGCGAGUACCACAAACGUUAUCCAAACUCGAAAAAAUACGGCCUGAUUUCUUAUUGUUGAGGACAUUGUGUCAGUCGUUAAUAAUGUGGGAUGAAAUACUACCAUCGAAAUCAUAUGUUGAUGAGUUAAUUCCUGCAGUAAUUCGUAGUUAUGUCUAUCGAUUUUUUCGAAGUGAAUUAGUAUUGGGUGACGGUGAUGCGGCGUAUUUGAGUACAAUUGUUGACUUGGAAACAAUUGCGCAAAGUUAUCUGAAUAUUGUUGCUGGUGCAUGCUUUGCGAUUGGAAUUCGGUAUGCGUCAUCGUUUAGUUCAUCAGCGUUCCAAGCAAUCAUGUGCUUCAUUUGGAUGCUUUUACCUGAAGGCAACCAAAAAGAUGCGGAUAUGCGAUUAUGCCAUGCAGCCGGAGCAACUGUUUGCGCAUCUGUUUUGAAUCAACUCAUUUAUUCACUUGGCUUGAUCAUGGCCGGUAGUGGCAAUUUGGAAGUGCUUCGUUUGUGUCGAAUGCUAAGAAGACGUGUGCUCGCCAAUAAUGCACACAAAGAUAUCACUCUGUACAGCACGCAAGUGGCCGUUAGUACCACAGUGGGAUUGAUUAUGAUGGGCAAAGGAAGAUACGCCCUAUCACAAAGCGAUUUAUCGAUAGCCGCAAUGAUAAUAGCGUUCUUUCCUGUUGCACCACACAACCUCGGCGAUAAUAGAUUAUAUCUGCAACCAUUACGAUUUUUGUGGUCAUUGGCGGCAGAAGAACGUCUUAUCGAUGUUGUUGAUGCACACUCAGGUGAUGCUCUUAGUGCGACGACCGUCGAUGUUUAUUACAAGGUUUGUUAUCUUUCUUCAUUUAUUUCGUUGCAUCAAGUGGGUGAUGAUUUCAUCGAGCACGUUGAUCAUUUUCAGUCGCCGGUAAUUCUUCCCGAGCUGUCAACUAUUGAAAAAAUCGUGCUAUCAUGUGAUGGUUAUGAGAGUCGAACGUUAAACUUGAAAGACCCGAAGCACUUUGAAUUACUUAAGAACGUGUUGGGAACGGGUCAUGGGUCCUUACCACUCACUCGUAUUGGAAGGUAUGUUUUCGUUGUCAUAUCUGUUGAUGUAAACAUGCACAUCAAGAUGAGUUGUGAAGAAAAGAACAUGGAUGGAAGUGUAGAUGAAGAGUGUAGUGAUGGUUCUGUAAUCGCAGAGAAUGAUUUAAGUGAUUUGAGACCGUCAGAUGAUUCGAUUUUAUUGACGAAAAUUCAUGAAUCGGUAGAAGUGAAUAAUGAUGAAGAUUUUAUGGCGGGUAUAGAAGCAUUACCAACAAGAAAUGCUAAUGAGGAUAUGACGAGUGAGAAUGAUUAUAAUGAUGAUAGCUAUGCACAACUGGAUGAAUAUGAAGAGCAAGUCAAUUCCGAAUGGACACCAUCAUAUGCAGAUCGCUUAGACAAACAAAUCAAACGUUUCAGCGCACUAUUCAGCACUGAGGAUGCACAUCCUUUUCUCAGGCGUUACGUACAAGAUUUGUUGGAAAACGAAAGAACACGAUUUCCGCUGAUGCAGUUUUCCGAAGUGAAGGCAUUUCUUGAUAGAUGUGAAAGGUAUGAGUGUGAACCGAAAGUCAUUCCUAAGCAUUUGAUCAGUUCAGUUAAUGAUGUAUUCCAGUCGCUGAAAUAA